AUGAGAGUCGCACCUGCGGGUUCGAUCGGGGGUAAGCCUAUCUAUCUGCCGCAUCACGGGGUAAAAAAGGGGACCGGUCCAUGCGCGAAGUUACGCGUGGUUUUCGAUGCCUCGUGCAAAACCAGCACGGAAGUUUCGUUCAACGAGGCUUUGCGAAUACGUCCGAUUAUUCAGCAGGAAUUGAUCGCAAUAUUAAUGCGUUUUCGAUAUUCGUCGCCGAUCGGCGAAUACGAGCUGCUGACGGUCACGUACGGUACGAGUCCGGCGUCAUUCCUGGCCACCAGGUGCCUUCAGCACCUGGCACAAAAGUAUGCGGACGAGUACGCGAUCGGGUCAAGGUGCGUGCUCCGGGAUUUCUACGUCGACGACCUGCUCACCGGCGCUAACACCCUGCCGGAGGUGAGGCGCGUCCGCGGGGAGACGGUUGCGCUACUGAAGCGCGGAAAAUUCGAGCUCGACAGGUGGGCAUCCAACUGCCGAGAAUUGUUGCAGGACGUAGAGGACGCGACGGAUGCGAGCGUGUCUCUGGGCGGGGACUCGAGCUCUAAGAUCCUGGGAAUUACGUGGGAUCCCAUUAUUGAUAGCUUCAAAUUCGACUAUAAGAGCGGCUCGCCUGCCAAUUGCGUAACCAAGCAAACUAUUUUAUCGGAGAUCGCGAGCCUUUUUGAUCCGUUGGGGCUACUGGGGCCAUUGACGGUAGUAGCAAAGUUAAUUCUGCAAGACACAUGGCAGACGCAGGUUGGAUGGGAUGAGUCGCUGCCGCAGGACAUCCAUACGCGUUGGCUGGGAGUAAAACAACAAUUAACAAAUCUUAGUGAGUUGCGCGUGCCGCGUUUCGUGGGCCGCGUGAUCGAUGCCGGGGGCGUGCAGCUGCACGGCUUUUGCGACGCGAGCGAGCGUGCUUAUGGUGCGUGCGUGUACGUAAGAACACACAAUUCCGAGGAAUGCCGAGUACGGUUACUGGUCUCGAAAUCGCGAGUCGCGCCCAUGAGGGCAAUAUCAUUACCGCGCUUAGAGUUGAGCGCGGCACUGCUGUUGGCAAAAUUAAUAGAAAAGGUUCGAGAAUCGGUCGGGCUUACCGCCGCGGGGGUGGUUCUGUGGUCGGACUCCACCAUUACCUUACAAUGGAUUCGUUUUUCGUCUCGCAAAUGGAGCGCGUUCGUCGCGAACCGAGUUGGAGAAAUACAGCGUUUGACCGAGGGCGCGGAUUGGCGACACGUGCCGUCCGCGGACAACCCGGCCGAUAUAUUAUCGCGUGGCGCGGACUUGGCGACUCUGGCCGUAUCUGGUCUGUGGUGGGAAGGACCGGCGUACCUUCGACUUAACGAGGGACAUUGGCCGAUUAAGAACGUCGAGAUAUCAGGAGAGCUGCCCGAGCAGAAAAGAGUGAUCGCUGUCGUGGCGGUCGGAGAUCGACCGAUAGUCUCGGGGUUAUUAGAAAAAUUUUCGAGCCUGGAGAAAAUACUAUGCAUAGUGUCAUAUUGUUUGAGAUUCGGUCGUGCGCGACGGGCUGAGGACAUUGGGUCAUCGAUCUCUCAUCAGGAGAUGAUCGCGGCCAUGCAGGUCGUGGUACGUUGUGUGCAGCGCGGGUCGUUCCCAGGAGAGUAUUGCCGUUUGAGCGAGGGCCAGAGCAUCGGCAGCGGGAGUCGUAUAUUAUCAUUGUCACCAUUUAUGGACGAGUGUGGCGUCAUUUGCGUUGGAGGUAGGAUAAGCAGGGCGGCGUUGCCGCCGGAUACGGUGCACCCCAUGCUGCUGCCGAAAAGUUACGUUCUUACAACAUUAAUUGUUCAAGGAGAGCACGUUAGGAGCUUGCACGCGGGACUGCAGGCCACGACAUGCGCGGUGCGUCAGCGCUAUUGGCCCUUGGCGGCACGUUCAGCGGUUCGCAGGGUGUUGCGCGAAUGCGUAACGUGCUUCAGGUGUGGGCCGGCAGCAUCUCAGGCGGUGAUGGCGGAUUUGCCUGGACCACGGGUAAACGUGUCAAGGCCAUUCACGCAUACGGGCGUAGACUAUGCCGGCCCGAUACUUAUAAAGGAAUCUAAGCGGCGCAACGCCGGGAUGCUGAAGGCUUACAUCGCUGUUCUCGUGUGCUUUGCGAUCAAGGCUGUGCAUUUGGAGAUCGUAAGCGAUCUCACGGCGGACGCCUUCUUGGGGGCGUUUAAAAGAUUCAUGUCGCGAAGAGGCAGGCCGGCGUGCGUGUACUCCGACAAUGGCACGACAUUCGUCGGAGCCAAUAAGCAAAUUAGGGAAAUAUAUGAAAUAGUCAAUAGCCCUGAAGGGCAGGAAAAAGUGCGUCAGUUCGCGCGGCGGAACGAGUUUGUUUGGAAAUUUAUACCGCCCCAUGCCCCACAUUUCGGGGGGCUAUGGGAAGCAGCGGUGAAAUCCGCGAAAAUACAUUUGAAUCGCGUGGUCGGAAACGCGAACCUCACUUUUGAAGAAAUGCAGACGGUCCUGUGUGAGAUAGAAGCCGUACUAAAUUCGCGACCAUUAACAGCGCUAAGCGAGGAUCCAAACGAUCUCAACUGCAUAACUCCGGGUCAUUUUUUGAUUGGUGCAGCGCUUAAUAGCUUCCCAGUUACAGAUUUGACAGCGGAGAAUCCGGGACGACUGUUACGCUGGCAGCGCGUGGAACAGAUGCGCCAGCAUUUUUGGAGACGCUGGAGUACGGAAUAUUUGCACACUCUCAUCGAGCGGAGGAAGUGGAAAGCUAACCAGGGGCAGCAAUUAAAAAUUGGUCAGCUUGUAUUAAUUCAGCAGCCAGGACUAGGACCAUUGCAGUGGUUAUUGGGCCGAGUUGAACGAGUGCAUCCGGGCGCUGAUGGUGUUGUCCGAACGGUCACGUUAAAGACGGCACGAGGACAAGUCACAAGGCCCCUGACAAAACUGGCAAUAUUGCCAAUAAAUGACACGGACAAACCCACGAUCGAUUAA